AUGCUCGCUUACAACACCGUCUUCUUGAUUUUCUUGAUCGCGUUGAUCGUAGCGAUCGAUUUACAAAAUGUUGUUUUAGCUGUGUUUUUGUUGGUAGUGAUCUUUGUUCUGUUCUUGGUUGUUCAUGUUUACAUGACUGCUUUAUGGCAUUUAGCUAGUGUAGUCUCUGUUCUUGAGCCUGUUUACGGUUUCGCCGCGAUGAAGAAGAGUUACGAGUUGCUUAAAGGGAAAACCUUUAUGGCUUGUUCGAUGGUUUUUAUCUAUCUUGCUCAUUGUGGAUUCAUUGGUGUGGUUUUCAGUGCGGUUGUUGUUCGUGGUGGAGAUGAUUAUGGGAUUUUUAUUAGAAAAGUUGUUGGUGGAUUCUUGGAGAUUGAUAAAUCCGCGUUAAACGAUCAUCUUGGUGGGUAUCUCGGUGACUAUGUGCCUCUUAAGAGCAACGUUCAAAUGGAGAAUUUCGAAGUUUGA